CACUUACGCGCUGUCGAUAUUAGUGAAAAGUAAUUCUUGUGAAUUGCAAAUGAAUUGUUUUUGUUUUAUUCCACGAUUAAGGUUCAUGCAGGUAUGUUGGCACAAGUGCAAGUAUCUGUACUGUUAUCUGGUCAGUGUGAUGAAUGAUUACUAGUUAUUAGAAAAUAUUUGCAUGCAUAAACAUGAUUGCUCUCUGCAUAUAGAUCAAAUUAGCACUCACCCUUGCAGGUGCUUCUCUAUUUAUGCAAAGAAUAUUGACGCUGUUGUUCUCACCUGAACUUCUCUUAAUGCAAAAUCCAAACACUUUUAAUUCUUCCCGUGCACAGCACGAUCAGAGGUCAACCCCUGGGCCUUGUUUGGGGAUGCUCUAGUUUAAUGAUUCAGCCUUGGUUUACCAUUAGAAAGAAAAACUAUUUUUUCUGUAUUUAAAGCCACUUUAUCGUAGACAAAUUGGAUCCAUCAGAAGUCAUUGAAAGUCUGUCCUAACUCUCGGUGUCUCCCAGUGCUUAUGUAACUGGCUUUUUGUGGAUUUUGUGGAUUUCUUUUUGUCUUUGAGCUUUCAGACGGACGGGUGCGGGCUGUAUUAAUAGUCAUUUCAGUCCCUCAGUCCUAAGCCAUAUAAUUGGUUGCAGACGUGUAUGCGUGUCUGUGUAUGAGCGAGAGAGUGAAAACUGAGAUCUGUGCGUUUUGGGAUUCUUGGUAGCGUGUUUGAAAAUGAGACGUGCUUCAGCAAUAUGCCAAGGGCUGCUUUAUUAUCACACGUAUACAUAAACUCAGACGUAAAGAUGCACACAAACUAACACACCCAUAUACACACACCCUUGGCUUGUGUUUUGCCAUAGCCCAUAGUCAGCCAUGUGUGAUAUGUGGCCCCUGGGUUCUUAGUUCCACAGGCUACAGAUGACUUCUGUGGGCGACCACCUAUCUCUCCCUGAGGUCCCGUCAGUCUGAGCCCAGCCUAUAGACCACAAUCCCUGUGGAUAAAAGCCUCCAUUCUUUAGUCACGCUGUUUUUUUGCUGUGGGGAGAGAGUUUUGAUCGUGAUAGCGUAAUUGGGAAAAUUUGUGGAGGAUUGAAAGAGCACGCUAUAAUCUGUGUGAUGUUUUUCCAAAUGAACUCUGCUUGCUCUGCGUUUCGAAUGCACUGGAUGCAACUGGAACGACUCUGCCUUGAGUGUGAGACUGAUUUAAAAAAAAAUAUUAUUAUUACUGGCUUCCGCCUGCAAAUGAUCAUCUGCAAUAAUUGUGUUAGCAGACGUGAAGCGUGUGACCCAGUAAAUAGCCACGCUUCAAGAUCAUGCAGCACACGGGAGCGAAAGCCCCGGUGCGUGUUUGAGUGGGUGUUAGGAGGUGUCAAGUGGGUUGUGGCGUAGAGCACCACAGCAUGCACAUCCAAAAACAGAAAAAAACACACAGCAGCUAUCAGGCAAAGUCAGUCAGACCUGAAAUGAGGAGGUGUGUCCCAUCGGGUGGAGUGGGCAGGGCAUUAUCAUCUGCUGAGCACUAGAAGAGGGUAAACCAGAGGAGAAGAGCAUCAGAGGGGACUGAGCCGAAGGCCUGCACUCGUUUGUAUGUUGAAUCUUAGUGUGUAACCUAUUCGCCGGAGAUGAGUUUCCUGCACGAGGGGCGAGAGUUUGAUUUCAGCUCUGUGUUUGAGUACAGCCAGGGCGUCCAGAAAGAACAUGAAGGAGAUGCAUACAGCUACACACCAAAUGUCAGCUUGUCCCUUCCGGUGGGAAUGGGCAACCCCUGCCUCGCUACCCAGUAUCACACGCUACAGUCAAGCCCAGUCAUCUCCGUUUCCUCUUGCCACCAGACAGGCUACAGCCUCCAAAAUGAUAACCAUGCAGCCCCAGGUUAUUACCUGUCCCACGGCCUGAGACCCAAUGGGGCCCCAGCUUUGGAAAGCCCCCGUAUUGAGAUCACCGCCUACAGCCAGUAUCCCGAGGAUGAGGUAGAGGAGAGCAAUAGCGAGGACCACAUCAUCAAGCGAGGCGUCAACUCCAUCGUGACGCUGACGUUGCCCAAUGCCGACGGCUACCGUGACCCCAGCUGCCUCAGCCCAGCAAGCAGCGUUUCGUCCCGUAGCUGUAACUCAGAGGCGUCCUCUUACGAGUCGGGCUUCUACAACUAUGACAACUCCCCACAGAACUCUCCCUGGCAGUCUCCCUGCGUUUCUCCCAAAGGCUCAUCAACGCUCAUGUCUUGCCCACACGCCAGUGGCCCCGUCGCUCCCCCUCUCCAUUCACCCUCCACCUCCCCUCAGAUAGGAGCUGUGGCUGAGGAAGGCUGGGCGGCACAACCCCGCGGCUCCCGGCCUAACUCCCCCUCCUGCAGUGGAGGCGGCGGAGUCAACAACGGCGGCAUGGGCAAGAGAAAGUACAGCUUUAAUGGGACCACCUACCGUCAGACAUCCUGCUCACCCAACCAGUCGCCCACCCCGUCCCCACAUGGAUCCCCCAGGGUCAGUGUAACAGAUGAGAUCUGGCAGGCCAACACCAACCAGUACACCAACUCUGCCAUCGUGGCCGCCAUCAACGCUCUAACCACAGAUGGGGUUGUGGACAUGGGGGAGGGGAUCCCAAUCAAGACGCGAAAGACCAUGCUGGACCACUCCAUGAGCCUGAAGUUGGACCCCGAUGGGGAGCUGUGCCAUGAGGACUACCCCUCCCGCCUGGCCCUCAAGAAGGAGAGCUACUGUGGAGGGUUCCUAGAUGUGCCCCAGCAUCCUUACUCCUGGUCUAAACCCAAGCCUUACCUCAGUCCAUCCCUGCCAGCUCUUGACUGGCAGCUCCCGUCGUGCUCCGGCCCAUACAACCUGCAGAUCGAGGUGCAGCCAAAGUCCCACCACAGGGCCCACUAUGAGACCGAAGGCAGCCGAGGGGCCGUGAAGGCGCUGUGUGGCAGCCACCCUGUAGUGCAGCUUUAUGGCUACAUGGAAAGCGAGCCGCUCACCCUGCAGCUGUUCAUAGGGACCGCAGACGACCGCCUCCUGCGCCCACAUGCCUUCUACCAGGUCCACCGCAUCACUGGCAAAACCGUCUCCACCGCCAGCCAUGAAGUCAUGCAAUCCAACACCAAAGUUCUGGAGAUCCCUCUGCUGCCUGAAAACAACAUGAGAGCAAUAAUUGAUUGUGCAGGGAUCCUGAAGCUGCGUAAUUCAGACAUCGAGCUGCGCAAAGGAGAAACCGACAUCGGACGCAAAAACACGCGCGUGAGAUUGGUGUUCCGUGUGCACAUCAACCAGCCCAACGGCAGGACUUUGUCCCUACAGGCUGCGUCCAACCCCAUUGAAUGCUCCCAGCGCUCGGCUCAGGAGCUUCCGUUGGUGGAGAAGCAGAGUGUGGACAGUUACCCUGCCACGGGAGGCAAGAUGAUGCUCCUGAGCGGCCUCAACUUCCUCCCCGACUCCAAGGUGGUGUUCGUGGAGAAGGCCCAGGAUGGGCAUCAUCUGUGGGAGACAGAAGCCAAAGUUGACAGGGACUCCGUCAAAAAUAGUACUGUUGUUGCGGAGAUCCCGCCGUACAGGAACCAGAGAAUAUCCAGCCCGGUGCAGGUGAACUUCUACGUCUGCAACGGCAAGAGGAAGAGGAGCCAGUACCAGCGCUUCACCUACCUGCCUCCUCACGCACCGAUAAUAAAGACAGAACCCAAUGAUGAAUAUGAUUCUCUGGGGAUUGCGAGACUGCCCAUGCAUUCAAAGCCCUAUUACAGCCGGCCCAGACUCACUCCCGUCAUGCCUGUAGCCGAUCCCGAUGCCUGCCUGGUUGGUGGCUACCCUCCCUGCCCGCCUCGCCAUGCUGCCAUGCCGUCGUCGUCCCCCAGCUCCAGCCCCACCCUGCAUGACCUGUCCCCCGUGGCAUACAGCAAGUGCCUCCCCAACAGCCCCACCCAUGCGGCACAGCCAGGCCCUGCGGUGCCCCCCAUCCAGGUGACCCCUGGCCACCCCAACCUCACCCACCCAGCAUCGCCAGACCACAGCUCACCCCUAGGGGUGCUUCAUUCCCAAGGCAGCCCCAUCCACCUCAACAGCCCGGGGCCCCACGGUUACCAUCCUAUCUAUGCCAACAGCAGUCCCUCAUCCUCCCCGGUUUCCCACCCCUCCACCCCUGGGGGGACUGCGGAGAGUGCGUUCGUUCAGGCCUACAGCCCCGGUCCGGCUCAGGCGGCACCCGGCUCAGCCCCGACCGGAAGGAGGUCACCCGGCCUGUUACCCGAAGAUGCCCGCCCCCCUUCGAUGGGCAUCACCGUCAAACAGGAACCCCAGGAACUGGACCAGAUGUACCUAGAUGAUGUUAACGAGAUCAUCAGGAACGACCUCUCAAGCAUUUCUGUGCACACUCAUGCAUAGAUGUCCAGACGUCUUCUGCAGCAGCACACACACACACACACACACACACACACACUCAAACAUCUGCGGCAUCAACACACAGAGGACCAAAAAACUAGAGAUCCAGAUGGAGAAUACCUUUUUGACCAGGAUCUCCCACACUGACCAUCAUCCCCAUCGGCUCAAAGGCUCGCUGCAGACCCACAAUGACAACCAGUGGCAAGCUCUAUUUGAACAAACACAUGAAUGUUAAAUUUCCAAAAAGGGAAGUGAAAUCAGGGGCAACGUAUACGACUACACUUGCCUUAACUUGUAGCAGAUGUUGUUUCGCGGACCAAACAGCUCAAUGAGACUGAAAUACUUCUAUCGUUGACAAAUGACAAUCUUCAUUUUGAGUGUGAUCUGUAAGUUUAAUGCAUGAACAAGAUAAUGGGACAAUGGAUGUCGUGCUUCAUCAUUUUGGUUCAUUUGUUUGUGCGCUCAGUCCGCCUCAACCGAAUUGGUGCCUUACAGCAGUGAAAUUGACAGCAGACGACAGCGGCAGUGACUCAAAUGCGAAUGGUUUUUAUAUGACUUUUUUGUAUCAUUUCAAUGAUUUGUUUACAGGGAAACAGAAUAAAAGGCUGAAAAUCAUGUAGGGAAUCUGUGAAUAGACUAGAAAUGAAUUUUGUCUCGCUUCCUCAUCAAUAUUUCGUUGUUCAUCUAUACUGAAUGUUAUUGUAUGAUAUUCUUUUGUAUAAACAUGUAUUUCAAAAUGUACUCAUGUAUGCCUUAUACUUAUAUCAUGCAGUUUGCUAUUUAGUUUUCCCUUUUAUUCCAUUUUUUCUUCCCCUUGUACCAGACUUGUACCAUUUCUACUCCCCUGCAUUAGGCUUUUUUCACCUUAGUGCCUUUUUUUGUGUUUUUUUUGUAUCCACCUGCCCCGGUCGUCCAGCCCUCCUACUUAGACCACGACAUGAUCAUGCACAGACAAUCCGAGAAAAAUAUAGUACAUAUCCUAUGACAGCAGUACCUGGUUACCUGGUUACACGGGCUUACCAAGGCAGGUAUCAGAGGAGUCUUUUCCCCUUGCUAUAUGAUAGUUAAACAACGGUAUGCUUACCUGCUCAAUUUAGAUGAGAAUGCUCCGGGAUGUAGAUGUAGAUAUUUCUCUGUAAUCCUUCUGCACUGUAAGUUUCCAUGUAAAUUAGCACGGGGUCAUCUAAGCGUGCGGCAGGCUCAGUUUUACUGACUUACGUCAUUCAUUCGAUUCCACUGAGGAGUUGGCAGGACUGUUACUUACAGCUGGCAAUAAUUGAUGUGCUUUAACCAAAGGAUUUUAUCUUUGGUGAAAUUAUUGUCCACGUUUCCUUUUUCUGUCGGAGACUUUAGAGCAGCGCGGUUCCCCGUACAAAAAAAACAAAAACAUUAUGCACUUUACCGUAAAAACAGAGCAGGUUUCCUUGCAUCCAGACCAAAUGCUAUGGAUUCAUUUCCACUGUCGGGUCAUAAACAUACUUUCAUCAAAUCCUCCUUCACACAGCUGCAGUCUUUUCCAUGAUAUCUGUCACUUGGCGCAUGCACAGUGUACUUACAUUGGGGAUCAUUUAGCUGACAGUAACUUAUAUAGCUUCCUAAUACAUUUCCAGAUAUUUAGUAUAAUAGCAUGACUAUGUCCUGUAUGGAUAAGGUGUCUCUUUUGUGCCUUACUCUCUUUCUUGAAGACAAGAUAGUUGCAACUCUGUAAUGCUUUUCUCUGUAGGCACAAGGUGAAACAUCUUUCUCUUUAUUAUGAAAUAUUUAUGAAAAAUGAAAUGUGUUUAAGUGCAUUUAAUGUGUUCUCAACAAUGAAUUAAUAAAUGGCAUAAUGUUGACCAAUACA